GACACGCAAUCCAACCGCUUCGCAGCGCUUUCCAAUGACUCUGCUCCACGGCCACGGUCUGGGGGAUUUGGCGGUGGUGGAGAUCGAUGUAUGUCUCACGCGUUCCGCAAGGCCACGAUGUCUUUGCUACAUCCGCCAAACCUCACUUCACUCGAUUAAGUCUUUUGCCUUCCGUUACCAAAGAUCUAUCUUCUAACGAAGCCCACCCGCCUGCGAUGGCGUACAUUUUCUUAUGGCGGUAUACUAAUCGUCCCAUAGACCGCCCUGGUCAAGAUCGAAACCAGAAGCUGCCGUACAAUCUCGACCGCGAAGCCAUCCAAGCCGAUCUGACACCAUCGAACCAACCGAAGGGUGAGAAACCAGAAUGGCCGCUUUCAGCAUACGGGCCUGGACGCGAGGCGCCGCGCCAGCUGAUAGAGGGUUCCCUGGAACAGAGUCCGGAGGAGAUGCGCGUGCUGUACUACCUUGCGGCAAGCGAAGGGAAGCUGGGCGAAUAUCAACAACAAGAGCUCCAACUCCGCAACCAAGCCCAGCAACAGGCUCAAGCGAUCUUGAGCGACAUUGACAAGGCCAUCCAGUACGUCAUUGAUGGUGAACAACAACAUCCAAACCGGCUCGAUCAGGUUGUCAAGGAGGCUGGCAGUGCUCGAUCGCAGCCUGCAGGCUUCGGUCACCCGUCAAGCUCCGGCGGUGCAUUAGGAUUCGGCGAGGCCGCUACACCAGCCGCAAGCUCCCCUUUCGGGCAUUUUUCUGGGCGCGGACAGCAAAGGCCCGCCUUUGGACAACCUUCCCAACCAGCCGGCGCCACAGCAUUCGGGCAGCCUCCCUCUGUGGGCAGUGGGCCUGCGUUCGGGCAGCCCUCUGCGAUAGGAGACGCUAAGCCUGCAUUUGGUGGGUCCUCACAGCCUGCCGGAGGCAACGCGUUCGGUGCGCCAGCACGGCCCAACAGCGGCGGUAAUGCGUUUGGCGCACCUUCUGCGCUCGGUCAGAGACCUGCGUUCGGACAGCCCUCUCAGCCAGCGUUCGGACAAUCAGCGUUCGGACACGCGCCGAAGACAGCUUUUGGCCAGCCCUCACAACCUGCGCAGCAAGCUUCGCCUUUCGGUGGACAAGCCUCGAACCCCAGCCCGUUCGCAGCAGCAAACCAGCAGCCCUCGGGUUUUGGUCAGGCCAUUCAAGCCCAGCCGCAACAGGCAAGUUCCUUCGGCCAAGAGACUGUGUUUGGUCAGAGCAGCGCGAGUCCGUUCGGCGCUGGUCAGACGGCGGGCUCUGCAUUCGGCGCUCCUUCGCAGCCUACCGGCUCUCCCUCCGGGCAGCCGUCUCAGCCAAGCAACAGCGGGUUUGGACAACCGCCGUCUAGUUCUGCGACACACCCAGCUUUCGGCAGUACCAACGGAUUCAGCUCCCAGCCCAACGGAGUCUCACCCGCACCCACAAAUAUGGGGCACCUGAUCAAUGGUGACGCGGUGGGUAUCUCAGCCACGUUAAACCAUACGACACGUACGGCAGACGGCAAGACAUUAAUGACCUGGGGAGGUCACCCAGUCACGUACGACAGGGAAGAAAAUCCGCCUGUGCCGUUCUUCAGAAACCCGCAAACUGGCAAGCGGGAGCGGAUAUGGCAUCCUGAUGGUCCGCCCGACAGGCCGAACGAAUACGCGGAGUCAGCGCCAGAAGUCUACAGCGGGGAUAUCGGUGCUAUUCUGAAGGGCGUGUAUGAUCAUGUGAGAGACAAUGAGGCCUUCAAAGACAUGGUGCCAGAGAUACCGCCCAAGCGUGAAUGGAUACGCUGGGACUUAUAGUAUGACGAUGGCGUUGGGUGCAGAUGCCGUGCUUGAGACUUUCUAUCAUCUAUCGUAUAUCGUAGAACCUCGCUGCGAUGUUCGCCAGGCCUCGUGGCGUGUUUCGUACGUCCUGUUGUGGUUUAGUUUAGCUGACCGUUGCUGGACUGGGCUGGAGAAGCGAGGAUGACCGUGCACAGCUCCCCACGCGUUUGGAACGCGCACCCCUGUCGGUCGGUCGUUGAUCAGUUAUGCCGCCGUCCCCUUUCGAGCAAUUACCUCUUACGCCUUCCU